CCCAGGUUUGCUAUCCGAAGGAGCCGAGAUAUUGUUCGCACAGGGAGCGGAAGACGACAUUCGAGUCCCCUCAAGAUGAUACCCGGCCCAGAGGUAGCACCUCACCCUUAGAUUACCAGUAGUCACUAACAUAUUGACACAGUCCGUCAACUGGCUCUACGAUCAUGUGUUCGACAUCUUCGACGAACCGCUGGCUUCCAACGUCACGAAAUGGAUCAACCAAAGGGCCUACUCCGGCGGUCUGAUGCACUUCUUCGGUCUCUUCGGAUCGUCCUACAUCAUCCCCACCACCCCAGAAACACUGAAAGACGUCCUCUCCACGCACGCCUACGACUAUGAGAAGGCCUCCGCCUUCAAAAAGUACACGACCGACCAACCCAUCCCCAAGAACACGUUCGUGGGGCUGUGUACGCGCGCGAUCAACCACGCCGAGCACCUGUGGGGGCCGGAUGCCGCCGCCUUCCGGCCCGAGCGCUGGCUGGAGCGAUCGGCCGAGGGGCCCGGGCUCUUGAUCAGUCCGCUCGGGGGCGCCCCGGCGUCGGUGUGCAUGCUCUCCUUCUUCCACGGGACGCGCAGCUGCGUCGGAAGGGACCUCGCCCUGGCCCAGAUGAAACGGCAAAUCGCCGUGGUGGUGCGGCGGUUUCGUCUGGAGACCGUGGGCCGCGUUGAAGAGGUUCGUCCGUGCCGGUUGUUUGCAACCACUCCCGCGCCGGACCUUCUGGUUCGGUUCACGGAGCUUGAAGGGUAGCAAGUAAGUAAGGGAUUUCGGCGACACCAAAUGAAAUGGCUCGCCCGUCUGGCGGACAUGAGAGUGGCGCUAUCGGUGGGCUAGUAGGAAGGAUAUAACUCAUAGCCAUUUCACUAUGUCGACGCUCUGGAUAGACACAUAUUUGUCU